CUCUGGGAGAAGACAGACACUUCGGGGGCGGCGACGCUGGAAGAAGAUGGCGGACGAAGCGGGUAGCAACGGGGACGCUUCAGCCUUGCCGGUGGGAAAGGAGGCAGUGGAUCGGCUGAUCAAAGAAAAUAGCCACAUCUUCACAGAUACCCAGUGCAAAGUAUGUAGUGCAGUGCUCAUCUCCGAAUCCCAGAAGCUUGCUCAUUAUCAGAGUAAGAAGCAUGCAAACAAAGUUCGGCGAUACAUGGCUAUCCGCGGGGAAGAGGAACUCAGUCAGAAUAAGAAAAUAAAGCUGGAUACAGUGCAGCAACAGAGCAGCAACGGUGAAGACAGGAACAAAUGCUGUCCCAUCUGUAACAUGACCUUUUCUUCACCUGUUGUGGCUAAUUCGCACUACUUAGGCAAGACUCAUGCCAAGAAUUUGAAACUGAAGCAGCAGUCUCCUAAAACAGAAGCAGCUGUAUCCAUUCAGAAACAGCCUACUAACCUUCUUCCUACUACCGUGUCCUCUAAUGAAGAGAACCAAAACACUUCUGACCCAGACAAAUUCUGCAAUCUCUGCCAUGCUACAUUCAAUAACCCAUUGAUGGCAAAACAACACUAUGUGGGCAAGAAACACAAAAAGCAAGAAACCAAGCUUAAGCUAAUGGCACACUAUGGGAGGACUCCUGAGGAGCCUGCUGCUUCCACUGCUGGAAAGGGAUAUCCCUGCAAUGACUGUAACAUAGUACUGAAUUCUAUAGAGCAGUAUCAAGCUCACAUCAGUGGCUUCAAGCACAAGAACCACAUACCGGGAGGCAUUCCCGUUACAGCUCGAUACCAGAAGCAACUGUACACACGAGAGGAGACCACUGGCCCUGAUGGCUACAGCUAUUUCAGCCAGGACCUCUAAAGCAAACUGCUGCUAUCUCUGGAUUGCUCGUGGCUCAAAAGUGAACCCUUUUGCCGGCCUGCUAUGGUGUUACUGUUCCUCUGACUAAGUGAAAUCCUCCUGGCCUGCAGUGUACAGGUUUAUCUGAUCCGGAACCAACUAUUGGCUAAAGGAUCUAGAAGGGACAUAAUUACUACUUGGCAAUUGCUCAGUCCUUUAGAGUAGUUUUCAUUGUGUAAUCUCUUACUAAUAACAGAUGGGGGCGGGUGGGAGGUGGGGUUCUGUCUGGCCCCAUCAAGGCUUGGCAUUUGCUGGGAUUCCAUCUUGAGCCCAUCCUUUCCUUCUGCCUAGAAGAAGCAGAAGGGAGUUCUACACACAGGAACAGCCAGAGGAGAUCGACCUUGGGAAGAAAGCUCUUAAUUCAUGGUAACACAAGUCUUGUGGAAUGGGUGUAAUGGACAGACUAAUUAUCUUCUUGCCUAGAAUGGGAUGUUACAUUGCUGUAUUCAUCUUGCCCCUGCUGGAAUUAAUAGGGUUUGUGUGCAGAGUUUCUUAAAUCACCCAUUUUGCCAUUCGUAACUACUUUUGUAGUUCAGCAGAUGUUGGCUUUGGAGCAACUGGUGGUCUAUUCAGUAAAGUUUUUUCUGUUAGUAGUAUGCAUAAUCUACUUCAGAAACACAAGAAGGAGGGGGCUUUGCUGAAGCAAAUAGCAGUGCCUCCCCAGAGCUGCACUUCUCCUUCUGUUCCUGGCAUUCUUCUUGUGGAAACUGUAAUGUGUUUGAACCUAUCUGUAUACUGGGUUCUUUUAUGUUAAAAUGUUAAUGAGAAAUUGCUUGAUGUGGUGGUGGAGGCUUUUAGUUUUUGUUCUUUGAGGCAUUCUAACAGACUUGAACACAUGUGAGAGAAACCAGAAGCUGCAUUUUGACUAUGGUGUGGAAGUGAUGUUUGUGGGUGAAUCUCCCUUGAGGCAUAUUUCAUUCUCAGUAGUGUGAGCUCUCUUAUUUCUCAACUUUGUAAAUCCAGUAACCAUACCCCAAGCUUAGAUAUCAGAUGAUGUGUUUUAGAGGCAUCUGUUCUCUAGGAAUUCUAUUAUUUUCUUGCUGAUAAAUUUCAAACGCAUAGGAGGGAAUUCUGCUUAAGAUGACUUAUCUACAUGUUUUCUUUAGGAAAGAAGUAUAAUCAGUUCUGUUAAUACUAGAUUGGCACAUCGACUCUUUCCUUUCCCUGUGCAUGUGAAAAAAGAGAACUGCUAAUAUCCAAGUUUGUUUUAAUCCUGUCAGUGGAAUGUUUCCAAAACAAUCAGUUGAAAUUUUCAUUUCACUUUGUAUCAUACUGUAUUACAUGACAUAAAAGCAGGCUACCAUAAGAUAGUCACCACUUUAUGUACCCCAUCUUUAAAUCUGUUUCUGUUUAAAACCAGCUAACUUAUACAACUUUCCUUCUAUCUGCUUCAAAUGAAGCAGCACUUCAUAAGACUUACUGAAAUUUUAGAGGUCCUUUGCUUAGUAGCUUGUUUAAUCUACAAUCUUCAUAAUGUAAGUAGGAAGACCAUAUCCUUUCUAGGCAAUUCAUUUCUAGGUCCUACAUAGGCUUUCCUAUUAUCGCUUACCUUCCUAAAUUAAUCUUGUUGGCAAGUUUUCAUAAUUGGGUAUGAAAAUUGGGGUAUACUAUCUUCAAUUUUAUAUAGUGGCAUGUCAUGUGAAUUUGCAUUCCCUUCUGACUGGGUGAGAGUACCAGCUGGCAUUUUUAUCUUUUCUGGUAGGCUCUAUUCCCAUCUGCAAUAUUUGUGAGAUGGUAAUAUGUGAAUAUUGCUACCUGUAUAAUUAUAUAUGGCUUCUCUGGCAUAUUAUGUUAUUAUGUGUGCAUGCACACAUUCCCUUUUAGCCAUUAGUUUAAAAGAAAAUUAAAAGGGUCUGUCUUUGUGUCCCUACUUUCCCAGCUGAACUAUUACACUAAGGUUCAAGUUAGACAGAGGAACGUUUUUCUCUGUAAUGAUAAUUCAUUUCCCUUGAAUAUCAUUCCUGGCAAACCCAUUCUGCUUUUUUCUUUGGGCAUAAAGUAUUCUCCACCACUUUAGCCCAAUUCAAGCAGAGAUUAUUUUUAAAACUCUAUUUUAUGUUCACAACUUCAUAUUGACUUAAUGGGGUUAAGUGUCCUGAGAUUGCAUCUCAUUAUUUCCAGUAAAUUCAGAAGUAAGCCUUCCUUCCUUUCCUCAAAAUACAAUUUAUUUAUCUUUGGAAGAAAAAAGGGAGUAACAGAAUUUAAAAUAACCUUGUGUAUAAGGUUGUAUUUUGACAGAAUCUGCGAUAAAUAUACACACAUAGAUACUUACUCAUGACAAUUUUCCUGUGAAUGAUCUGUCAGAUAUGUAUCUUCUGACUUUUGGUGGUUAUGUGUACAUUAACCUUAAUUUAAGCUGCUUUCUCUGCAUUUAAGUUUUCUGUUUUGGCACUCUCAUUCUCCAGUAUCUUGUGCACUAUUUGAGACUUGGUCUGUGAUAUGCCUAGUGAGCUUUCACAGUCUACAUUGUAAAGUUUUGGAUACUAUGGUUCCCUGUAUGAACUCUUGACUUUAGAAUUUUAUUUCUGUUGUAUACUGAAUUAUUUUGCAGUUGCUAAGUGUUGAUAAUUUUGGCAAAUGCAAGGGUGAAUAAGUAGUCUGUUACUUCAAUAAAGUGAUUAAUAUUUUGGUUCAGACUAAAUACAAAUGGGACAUGAUAAAUUCA